AAGAUCAGAAGGCGAUUAGUAUAGACAAGAAUGUGCCAGUACAUAAAAAUGAAGAAAAGAAAAUCCAUACACAUCAUCCAUUAUGGGCGAAGUAAAAAAAAAAAUAAAACAAAUAACAGGCCCCCAAGUAAAUAUACGGAAUAGAGAGAAUGAGAAAAGUAGAACGGAGAAACGACAAAAAGGGGAAAGAAGAAAAGCUAAAACCAAUAAUGCACCGCUAGAUUCUUUUUUGGGUCCCUGUCCAAAACCAAUAGAUAGAUCCAAUACAACACCCAACACCGCGUAUAUAUAAUGUUCGGUCAUUAGAAGUGGCUAUUCCAAAUAACCCGUAAGAAAGGAAACGAAGAGAAA